CUGUAAAGUUGUCACCUAAAAUGGGUUUCGAAACUGCCACCACAGUUCAACAAAGAAGGUCCGAUUACCUUUAUAUAUCAACUGGCUCAGAGAAUUUAGAUAAACUUCUUGGAGGUGGUAUUGAGUCUGGAUCUAUUACUGAAAUAUUUGGAGAAUUUAGAACUGGAAAAAGUCAACUUUGCCAUACGCUUGCUGUUACAUGUCAGCUCCCAAUUGAAAGUGGUGGUGCUGAAGGAAUGUGCAUUUACAUAGAUACUGAAGGCACUUUUCGUCCAGAAAGAUUAGCAUCUAUUUCCGAACGUUUUAACAUGGAUGUAAAAGGAGUUUUGGAUAAUGUAGCCGUUGCACGGGCUUAUAAUACAGAUCACCAAAUGACUUUAUUGAUGGAAGCUGCUGCAAUGAUGACUCAGUCAAA